AUUCGAUAAAUUAAAUGCACCAUGAGACAAUUGAAACAAUGAACAAUGCUAGAGUCGGGUUAUAAACCGAUGCUGAUCGGAAGUGACACAGCAUUUGCAAUCAGUUACUCGAGUAGAUUAGGUUCAGUACCUUCCACCAGUGCAUAAUGUUCACAACAUUGAAACUCCUGAUGCUGUUACUGUUCCUCGCGGCUGUCCUCGGAUAUCCUCAAGCACUGCCAGGCGAUGAGGAUGGUCAACCCCAGCAUCCCCACCAUCAUCCACCGGAGAAAAAGGACCGCGAAGAGCUGGAUUCGACUGACAACACCCCACCGGAGGUGGAACUGGUUGACACCAGCCAACAGCCGGGAAAAGAACCGGUUGUGCCGAGAAUUUUCAACACCCCGCCCGAGCUGGAAGUGAACCUGCAGCCAAAAUUUGGACCUAUCCUACCGGAAGAUGUAAAGUUGCCGCCAACGGAGGAGCUGGUGCGAUCCCAGAGACAAAUUUACUCCUACUACUACCCGUACUACUACUACUACCCGAGAUACCGGUGGAAUCCGUACUAUAGCUACUACUACUGGUGGCUGUGAAGAGUGGGGGAAAGUUAGUGCACAUCGCACAGAUUAAUAGUGAAUAGUUCAAAACGGUUGUUUAGUGUUAAACACGUGCUUUCUAGUGUAGUGACUUCAACAAGAAAAGUGACGAACCCGUGAAAUCGUUCGGAUGUGUCAUUUUGUACUAGAGUAGUCGAUCAUGCCAAGGAAAAUUGCAUAGAGAAAAUAAAUAUAUUUUUGGUAUUCCAAAAAAA